UCUAUUACUAGGUUGGAGUUGUUUUAUAACUUUUCAUACACUUUAUCGAUUUUUUUUGGAUCUAGUCAAGUGUUGCUAUUUACACAUUAUUAUGAUAUCGUGUUUGUACCGGUGGCAUCGUUGAGUUUAGCAAAUAAGGUGAAGGAGAUAUUUGGAGUAAUCUGGUUUAGAAGAAACCUCUUUUGAGGACGUUUUACAUUUGAUUUAUUAAAACGUGAGCAACAAUUUGUAAUACCAUUCGAUCACAGUAUAUUGUCGACACGGUAUUUGUGUAUGUAUUAAUACAAUUCCGUAAUGUAUUAUGUAUGGUCGUCUGACACCAGAUGAUCCAGCGUACGUGAUUGACAAAUAUUUAUUUGCUAAGAGUUAAUUUUUUGGUGGGCAACUUACCCGAGUUGAAAUAUAUUGUUAAAAUAGUUUAUUGAAAUGUUUAAAGUGGAUAAGAGAAUUUUGGAACAAAGGGAGAAAUCAUAAAUACUUUUAGAUCCACUUUGUUCGAGACUUAAUUAUUUGAAUCUUAUGAGAGUGUACGAAACGCAAGUACAGCUUAAAACUGUGGUGCAUGAUUAGAAUACAACUUUGUGUAUUUUCAAAUUUGGAGUUUCACCUAAAUACAUUUCAUGAAGUUUUUGUCUUGAAAUGUGUCACUUGAGUUCAAAGGUUUUUUUUCAUAAUAAAUUUGUUUGUAAUAGUUAUAUAUCCAAUUUGGUUAAUUGUUUGUUUUGUGUUAGAUAAAAAUGGCUACAUUUUUUGGAUUGGGAGACAGUGUUUUGAGAAGAGUGCUGGUAGAGGGACAAGGUGUCUCUACUAGUCGAAUUUAUGGCAAGCUCGUCGUGGACUUGUGCAUCGGCGGGCAAACGAUUUCGCAAUUGAGAAAAAGAGUCGAACGCUCACGAAGUGACGAAUCGGAAUGGUUUGUGCCUAGAAAUACGCCUCUGGUCGUUUUGAUAGGAACCAACGAUAUUUUAAGAAGUGGCAGAGCUUCUGUUGUCUUUAAUAAUCUUAAACGGUUAUUAAUUACAUUGGAAAAGUGGUCGAGGAUAACUCCCAUCACCUUGUGUACUCUUCCUCCAAUAAAGCAUGCAAGUCCCGAUGUUCGACAUCAGUUGCAUAAAUACAACACGUCGAUUAGAACGUUGUGUUCUAAUCGAUGUGAUGUAUUUAGGCUAUUGGACUUGUAUGCCUUAUUGGACGCGGAGAAUUAUGAGGGCCACUUUUUCGAACGUGACGGUAUUCAUCCAAAUAGAGAGGGGCUUUUGAGAAUUUAUGAUUCCAUAAGUUCCCUCUUUAACUAAUGGGUCUCGCAUGUUCGAGUACAUGAUAACCGUUUAGGAUUAUUUUUGGCGAUGGAAGACUACCCUUUUUGAAAAUCGUUUGGUAAACAAAG